AUGGGCUCGAACAACGUGGACGACCCGCGCAUGCCACAAGUCGGCUCGAUUGUCUCGCAUCCACAGUACAAGUUCCAGGUGAUCCGAUGUCUGGCGUCGGGGCCGUUUUCGGACGUCUACGUGGUGAGGGACGUGAACGGCGGCCAUCAGUACGCGAUGAAGACCGAGAAACAGGAGGGGAAUUUGAGGUGGGUUGCGGCAUGAGGAGAAAAAUUAAAAAAAAACAAAUAAAAAAUCGGGGUACCCAAAAAAUGUUUAUGUCUUGAUGAAAUUUGAGAGAAAUUUAGAUUAGAAUUUACCAAGAGAUAUGGAAGAUUUUUAACCUCUCGCGCUUAGCAGAAACCAUCAAGAUUUUUAGAUCGGAAAUGAGCUAAACUCGGCCAUUUUGGCUUGUUUCCGAUCUAAAAAUAUCGAUUGUUUCUCCAAAACGAGAGAUAAAAAUCUUACACAUCUCUUGGUAAAUUAUAAUCUAAAUUUCCCGCAAGUUUCAUCAAGACAUAAACAUUUUUUGGGUACCCCGAUUUUUUAUUUGUUUUUUUUUAAUUUUUAUCCCAAAAUUUCCUUUCAGACCAGUCCUCAAGCUCGAUGUCUUCGUUCUCAGCCAACUCGGGCACCAUCCCGGUUUCCCCCAGCUCGUCGCCGCAUAUCGAACUCCACAUUUCAAGUUCGCCGUUAUGCAAUUGGUGGGGCCGGACUUGAAUCGGCUUCGCCGCGCCAUGCCCGCGAAAAGAUUCAGUCUCAGCACCGCGUUGAAGAUUUGUCAGCAAACGUUGAAGCGGAUCGAAACACUUCAUGAUCUGGGAUGGCUUUGUCGCGAUAUUAAGGCACCGAACUUUGCGAUUGGACUUGGAGAAAAGGAUGGAGUUGUGUACAUGUUGGACUUUGGAUUCGCGAAGCGAUUCCGGUGAGUUUUGGUAGAAAGGAGUGCGGAAAUUUUACAAAGGGGCUACUCCAAAUAUAACGCCUUGAUUUUGAUGAAACUUGGCGCAAAUUUAGGUUAGAGAAUUCUAAAAACUUGGUGAAAUUUUUAGCCCGCGCUCUGCAGAAACCACAGAGAUUUUUAGGCCAAAAAUUGGCAUUUUUUCCAAACCUUUGCUCAAUUUUCAGCGACAAGAACGGGGCGCUUCUGCCUCCUCGUCCAGCCGCCGCCCUUCUGGGGACCAUUCAUUACGCCUCGUUGGCCUCCCACAUGAACCAAGAACAAUGUCGAAGAGACGAUCUGGAGAGCUGGCUUUACAUGGCUGUCGAGCUUUGCUCAGGACAAUUGCCGUGGGCCAAGUUAGACCCUCUGAAGCACCAUAAAAUCAUUUGCGACUGGAAGCAAUUCAUCCGUGUCCACGGCCGCGAACACUUCUUCGCCAAUUGCCCCGAGGAACUGGAUAGCAUACUCGCUAUCAUUGAUAGCUUAGCGUGAGUUUUGGGGAAUGCAUGUAUCUUCUGAAUAGGCUACAAAACAAUCGCUGAAAAUUUUAGCUGACCAUUUGCAAGCGCCGCUGAGACAUUCAGCAAUCUUUUUUGCGAAAGAGUACGUCAAGUGAGGAGAGGCAGUCAGAAAAAAGAUGUUUUUUUCAGAUAAAACUUUCUGAAUUUAUGACCUUAACCAAACAAAAGUCAAAAAGUUAUAUCAAAAAACAUCUUUUUUCUGGCUGUCCCUCCUCAUUUAAUGUACUCUCUCGCAAAAAAGACUGUUGAAUGUCUCAGCGGCGUUUGCAAAUGGACAGCUAAAAUUUUCAGGGAUUGUUUUGCAGCCUAUUCAGAAGAUAUAUACACAUAAUUUGAAUGAAAUUUGAGUACAAUACUUUUACAGAUAAUAAUUUUCCCAUUUUCAGCUUUACUGACCGCCCACAUUACGAAAUGAUCGAUUAUCAGUUGCAAAAAGCAGUCCAACGCCUCGGCAUCGACCAGAACGCGCCCAUGGACUGGCAGCUGGACAAGAGGGUCAAGGAGAAGGCCAACUUUGUCGGAGAGCUGGGUCAAUCGGACGCGGCGUCCGUCAUGAUGCGCGAACAUCUUCUCAAAAAGGAAUCGGAAUCGCGAAUUCGCCGCGCCAUGAACGAAGACGAGGAACAGGACGUGCGCACGGCUCGAUCCCCGGCCAAAAUGCCGUCCUACGUGCGGACCGGCAAGGAGUUUUCGCUGAGAACCCCACCGUGUAAGGCCAAGUGCAAUCACGAAGAUGCGGUUAGAUAAAGUACAUUUUUAGCGAUUGCGAAGCCAUAAAAGCUUUAUUCACCCCUCGUCUAGGCCUAUUUUUUUAUUUUGAUGUUUAUUUUCAGCCCAUCAGGCACCAUUCCGACGCAACUCUCCCUGA